UUUCUGUAUAAUAGAAAAAGGCAAAAAAGUUUUUUAUUAAAAUUUGUUAAAAUUAUUUAUUAAAAAGAAAAAUAUAUUUUCACUAGAUUUUAUAACAACAGAUUAAAGACAUAUUGUUGUUAUCAGGUUGUGCUUUCUUAACAUAUUUUACACCAGAUAGCACUACGGCUUCUACCUCACCAACUGCCUUAACAACAACAGCAGCAGCUGCAUCCAUUUUAAAUGAUAAACAAGCUUUAACAGGGAUGAACCGCGGUUUACAGCUCAAGCCAGCUGAUAGUGAAGGCCGCAGCGAGCAUAAUAUAGAUCGCAAACUAUUCGUUGGCAUGUUGAGUAAACAACAAACCGAAGAGGAUGUUAGACAAAUUUUUAAUCCCUUUGGCACUAUAGAGGAGUGCACCAUUCUCAGAGGUCCAGACGGUGCUAGCAAGGGUUGUGCUUUUGUGAAAUUUAGUUCGCAGCAAGAGGCUCAAUCAGCCAUUACUAAUCUACACGGCAGUCAAACUAUGCCGGGUGCUUCCUCUAGUCUGGUAGUUAAAUUUGCUGAUACUGAAAAAGAAAGGCAAAUACGGCGUAUGCAACAAAUGGCCGGUCAUAUGAAUCUGCUUAAUCCAUUUGUCUUUAAUCAAUUUGGUCCAUAUGGAGCUUAUGCGCAGCAACAACAAGCUGCUUUAAUGGCUGCCGCUGCCACAGCCCCUGGUUCAUAUAUGAAUCCCAUGACUGCUUUGGCCACUCAAAUACCUCCUGGCAUUAAUGGUGCUGGUCAACCAUCAUUACCCUCACCGACCAUGCCCAAUUUUCAAAUGGGUGCCCAGACACCAAAUGGCCAGCCUGGCAGUGCUGCUGCUGCCGCCGCUGCUGCAGCUGCGGCUGAUGGUGUCUUUACAAAUGGUAUGCCACCACAGACACCAUUCCCAGGACUUUUAAUACAACUUGCAGCACCUCUACAUUUAACUAUACCACCCCAAGGCCUGCCAAAUGGUGAAGCAGCUGCUUUACAACAUGCCUUUGCCACUGGCAUGCCACCAUUCCCUGGAGUUGCCUUUCCCGCCGUUUAUGGACAUAUUCCACAAGCUUUACCACCACCAAUAGCGGCGGUUGCACCCGCUCCACGUGAAGAUUUUCUGAUGUUCCCAGGAUGUUCGAUUUCGGGUCCCGAGGGCUGUAAUCUCUUCAUAUAUCAUUUGCCACAAGAAUUUGGUGAUGCUGAGCUCAUGCAAAUGUUCCUGCCAUUUGGCAAUGUGAUCAGUUCGAAAGUAUUUAUAGAUCGUGCUACAAAUCAAAGCAAAUGUUUUGGUUUUGUUUCAUUUGAUAAUCCUGCCAGCGCUCAAGCGGCCAUUCAGGCCAUGAAUGGUUUUCAGAUUGGCAUGAAAAGACUGAAGGUACAAUUGAAACGGCCCAAAGAUGCCAGUCGACCCUAUUAACAAUCGGAGUUCCUUCAAAUGUUACAUUAUUUUCACAGUUCUUUAAAUCUACAGACAUUCACUAAAUUAUUUAUGCAAUUUUAUGUUUUACAAAUUGAUUCCUCCUCCUCUUCUUCUUCAUCAUCAUCAUCUUCAACAACAACAACAACAUCAUCACCAUCAUCAUCCACCUCCUCCUCUACUUCUUCGACUACUAAUUCAACUACUAUUAAUCCUCUUAUUACUCAACAACAACCCCGCCUUUAUCAUCACAAUAAUUUGCUUCCCUGGCAACGUUAGAACGUCGAACAAGAUUUCAGUUAAAA